AUGGCGGCGCCCGUGCGGUGAGGCGAUGUCGGGGCGCGGUGUGUGGCUGCGGGCGCGGGCGCGGCUGCGGCGCUUCCCGGCGGCGCUGGCGGCCUGCGGGGACCAGGCCGCGGCCUACGGGCGGUGCGUGGCGGCGGCGGCGGCCGGGCCGGCGGAGCUGCGGCGGGACGCGUGCCUGGAGGAGUUCCAGGCGCUGCGGGAAUGCUUCGCUCGGGCGGCAAAGGCGACACCGAAGUGACCCCGGAGCCGCCCCCGCCUGGAGACGUUCGGGGGUAAUAAAACCCUCAAACCCACCGGUUUGUCCUCAAAUGACGGAGCCCCCGCGGCCUCCCCGGCUGCCACCCGCUCCCCGGCUCCAGCCCCGGGCUGGGUGAGGGUCACAGAUCGAUUUUUAUUUAUUAAAAAAAGAGGAAUUCAGAUCA